AGGGGCCCGCGCCCCCUGCCCGUUAGCUGAAGGCAGUGGCACUGCCCGCUACGCCCCACGCCCACCUGCCUGACUUGUAAGGGCAGCUGGGGGCCUCGCGCCCUCCAGGCCUGGCACCAGAGUUGCUUUCUGAGUUAUCAGUUCGGGUGGAAAUACAGCAGGUCCUCGAAUAAUGUCGUUUCAUUUAACAUGGAUGAGACGCGUUGGGGACUUCACUCUUGUUUAGAACAAGGAGGCUUGGGGUGAAACUGGCUUCAUCGUCUGUCAGUUCACCACAGUUGCAAGAACCCACCGACCGUGUCAGGUGAGGACAUACUGUAAACUCCUGCUUUCUAGAGCAUGAGUUCUCGCUUCCUCUUUUCUCCUCUGGACUUUCCCCAGAGGAAGAGAAAGCGGAAGGCCCAGGCCUGGGGAUUAGCCGAGGCCGCGCCCAAUUCAAGGUGUGGAGUGUGGGGAUCGGGAGGGAAGGGCAGGCCCGGCCCACAGACCUCACCAUCGGGGAAGAGCUGUUCUGUAGAGCGGGGCCCAGGGCCGUCCUCCCGGUGGCCCGAGGGAGUGUGCCGGCUCCUGUCCGAAGUGCGGGCCGGCCUCAGUGUGAUCCAGCUGGAGUUUGAUUCCUGCCCCUCUUUGCCGUGAGGAGGUCGCUCUUUAUCUCCGGGCCCUGUGGGCCCAGAGCCCUGGCACCGGCCACAGCAGAGGAGACGCCACUCUGGGCCAGCCCCGGGCCUGCUGGGUGCCCAGUGUGCUGCCAGACCGAGAGCGCGGUCUUCGCGGGUGUGGGCGCGCUGAGCGGAGGGACACGCUGCUGCUGCUGCUUCCAGGAGCCUCACCGGAAUGGCCGAGGGACGCUUUUACCUGUCGGUCCUGGCGCUGUCCUCCCUGGGCUCCAUGUGUGUCCUCUUCACCGUCUAUUGGAUGUGGAGCUGGCACGGUGGCUUUGCCUGGGAUGGCAGCAUCCUCACGUUCAACUGUCACCCGGUGCUCAUGGUGGCUGGCCUGGUGGUGGUCUACAGCGCUGCGUCACUGGUGUACCGCCUGCCCCAGUCCUGGGUGGGACCCAAGCUGCCCUGGAAAAUCGCCCAUGCGUCCCUGCACCUGCUGGCCUUCAUCCUGACCGUGCUGGGGCUGGUGGCCGUCUUCAGAUAUCACAACCAUCAGCACAUCGCCAACCUCUACUCCCUGCACAGCUGGUUGGGCAUUACCACCGUGUUCUUCUUCGCCUGCCAGGUGGGUGCUCUGCCCUCCUUAGGGUUCCCACCGCCGGAUCAGCCAUGGGCUCUGCUUGGGGCUUCACUUGCAUCAGCACCGAAAGACAGGCGCGGGCCCUGGUCUCGCUCAUUGCGUGGAGGCGGCCUUUGCAGGCACACCCUGUAGGUGGGCAUUUGAAAGGGCCAUGGAGACUG